AUGACACUCAUUGUCGUGGUGGGAGCAACUCGUGGCUUAGGUGCCAGUAUCAUCAAGCAAUAUGCCGGAAAAGGCGACAACACCGUCUAUGGCACAACGAGAUCGUCAGAGGGACCCAAAGAUUUCUCUGCAGAUGUGAAGUGGCUUCCCGACAUUGAUCUCAUGCAACAAAAUGUCGGCGAGAAGCUCGCCGACCUCUUGGAACCUUCCCGGCCGAUUGACAUCUUGAUCAUCACAGCAGGUUACUUCGCUACAGAGGACUUGACUGCCGACAAAGGCCCCAACUGGGAGGAGGAGCAGCGCAUGUACACAACCAGUUCCAUCGCCCCUGUCUUUAUCGUUCAUCAACUCGUUCGCAAACGGCUUUUGGGAAAAGGUUCCAAGGUAGUGCUCGUAUCCUCCGAGUCUGGCAGCAUCACACUACGACACCCCAAAGAAGGUGGUGGCAACUAUGCUCAUCAUGCUAGCAAAGCUGCUCUCAACAUGGUAGGCAAGCUACUUAGCUUGGACCUUCAAGACCAGGGCGUCAUUGUUAGUAUCGUGCAUCCGGGCUUUAUGCGAACUGAAAUGACAAAGGGUGUUGGGUUUGAUAAGUUUUGGGAUGAAGGCGGAGCCGUGACACCGGGCGAGGCGGCCACGAGCCUCAUCGAGUGGACAGAUAGGCUCGAUACCACCAAGACGGGUCAAUACUGGGCACCACGAGGACCAGGAGACAUUGGGACUGCCGAGGUUGUUCUAGGCAAAGACUUGGCUACACCACUACAACUACCCUGGUAA